AUGGCCUCCAAAAUAGCCAUCAUCAUCACCAGCACCCGCAACCCCCGUGUCGGCCCUCACGUCGCCGACCUCGUCCACAACAUCCUCAAGCCCACCGCCGCCUCCUCCUCGGCAACCCUCUCCGUCGUCGACCUCGCCACCUUCAAGCUCCCCAUCUUCGACGAGCCCGUCGUCCCCGCAAACGUCCCCGCCCGCGGCUCCUUCAUCCACGAGCACUCCAAGCGCUGGUCCGCCGAAAUCGCCUCCCACGACGCCUACGUCCUGCUCGUCCCAGAGUACAACUACGGCGUCGCAGGCAGCACGAAGAACGCAAUCGACUACCUCAAGAACGAGUGGGACGGCAAGCCCGCCGCCAUCGUCAGCUACGGCAUCAGCGGCGCAAAGAUCGCCUCCGAGCAGGUCAAGACGUCGCUCGAGGGCGUCGGCCUCAGGGUCUCUGCUACUAGGCCCCAGCUUGCCUUCCCCGGCGGCGUGGGGCCCGAAGCUUUCCUUGCUGUUGGCGAGGGAAAGCUGGGUGAUGCUUCGAAGAAAGAGUGGGAGGAGAACCACGGCGAGGAGAUUGUCCAGUCCUUCAAGGAGAUUCUCGAGGCGCUCGCCAACCCUGUUGAGAAGAAGAACUAA